AUGGAAGUAUUCAUAUCUUCAACGCUACUCCGACUCCGCGCGAUUCGCCCUCGGAUCAUUCUUCAGACCACUGUUCAACAAGGUCGGCACAGCUUUGCCGUAACCUCGACGAAAGGAACCCGCAGGGUGAAUGCGUCUAUUGCUAAACCAGGUCAUCGGAACGCGCAUCCCUCAGACAGUGGCUUCCUUGUCCGGGACAGCUACAGCGAGUCUGGAACAGUAAAAGAAUCUACAGCGGGGUUUGCAAUAUUAAGCAUCGCCUUCCUCCGAUCCAGUUCUGACUACAUUCGCAGAACGGGAGACAGAUCCGAGAGGGAUUUUGACCAGGUGACGUCGGAGAGAAAGAUACGGAGAGGAUUGACAAACAAGUCCGCUACCGUGCGGCGGAUGAAAGGCCUGUACGACCGGCUUACUGCUUACGGUUAUCCAGCCGCGUACUCUCGACGAACUCUAAAGAACAAUCGGUCGAACGCCUGGAAGUCGGAGGUACUUUCAAAUCUGCAGCCCGUCCAGAAUCAAUGCGAGAUGUGUUUCGGUGGCUGA